AAUUCAGUUCCGAUUUUGAAGCCGUCGGAUGGUGAUAUUUGUAUAUUCCCAUCUAAGACGAUUACAUAGAAAAUGAAACCUUUUUUACAUGAGAACGUUAACCACAAAAAACUGAAGGGAUACUUAAUUUUGGGAUGUUUGACUCUAAUUGCUGAUCUGUAAUGAAUCUGCACAUCUGGUUCCCAGGAUCAAAUGCAAAAGACAAGAUUGUUUUUCAGGAGAUUGGCAUUUUUAAAGAACCAGAAGGAUGGUUCUGGUAGCGCUGUUUCUGAUUUUAUUCGUCACAGAAGCUACAAAUAUCGACGAAGAACAACCUAAACGCUCCACCUUCCAGAAUCUCACAAAGACACCUAAAUUCAUUGACAAAUCCCUGCUGAUCAGACAUAUUCUGGAUAGCCCCAGACACAUCUACAUAGCAGCUCCACCAGGUUUCGGUAAAUCAACCAACCUGCAGAUGCUCAAGGAGUUUUUCUCCUUGGAAGUGGACUCGGGUGGAAAUUUCAUUGAUCCGGUGAAGAUUUUAAAAUCGGACGAGACCUUCCAAGACGCCCUGAAAAGAUGCGCGGGCGACCGUCAGAACACCUCGACAGGACGUGGAACCUUUGUAACCGACACCAAAGGUCAAUGUGCCUACGUGAACGUCACAAAACCUUUCAGCGUUUUUGCAAACCCUCUGAGGAGCUACGAUACCUUCUCCAAGUUGCCACUAAGAAUACAUAAGGAAUCUCCAAAUCUUUUCGAGACUCAGUUCGCACGCUAUCCUGUUCUCUUGGUCGACUUUGGAGCUCUAUCUACGAAGUCCUUCCAAGAUUACGUACGUUCCUUUCAAAUACUUGUUUCGAAGCUCUUCGAGCAAUUUCAGUACUUGCUUAAGAGCAGCGCUCUAACUCAAGGUUCCAAGGACGAAUUUUUACUCUUCCAUGACCAAGAACAGCACAAAGAACUGAGUAUAGACGAGGUCAUUCUUGGGGGAGAGAAACUCGUUUUUCUGUUGUCAGCUCAUCAUGACCGAAAAUCGAUAGUUUUGGUGGACAACUUCGAUGUGCCCAUUCGUAAGGCUCUGCUGGUGCCGCACCUGGACGAGGUAAUCUUUAAGAGGAUCAUGUGGAGUGCUUCUCAUUUUGUCGAGUUGCAAGUAGAAAGCAAGUUCGUCUUUCGGAUCGUGGUGACGGGCAAUCUUAGGAUUGACAUCACAAAUGGAUUAAAGUACCUUUCCAUUUUCGACGAUGAACAUUUGUAUCGGUACUAUGGCCUCACGAAAAACGAUAUCGCUCGACUUGCGAGAAGAUUUAACAAACAAGAACACAUCAGCAACGUCAGAAGUUGGUACGGCGGCUACGAAGUCACACGUAAGGGCCACUGUCUCUAUAACACACGCUCAACAAUACGGUAUUUCGAGACUGGCGAGUUCGAGCCUUAUCAAAAUGAGUCGAACAAAUUAAAAACCUUCAAAAAAGUGCUGAACUACACUCGAGCAGGCCGUUAUGUCGAGGACUCCUUCGAGGACAACACAACACUUGUCAUCCGAGAGAAGAUCGAGUAUGGUCACUUCGAAGAUCUCCGAUUGACAAUCUUCAACCCUAAUCGACCACUCGACGAGAGAGACCUAGUUUUGCAGAUCCUCUUCGACCAUGGUUUUUUCACCAUGGGAAACAGAAAUAAACUAAAAGUGCCGAACAUCGAAGCUAUGCAUGACAUCAAGAGUCUAAUCUUCGACCGAACAUACUACAUCGCCAAACUGAAAAUCACGAAAGAGAUCAUUCGCGCUUUCGUGAGAAGCAUAGAGGGACUGAGUGGGGAGGACGGGCCUUUCCACGACUUUUCCAGAGCGGUCAUAGAGCUUUUCAGGGGUCAAGUGCCGCGAAGUGCGCGCGAAAUGGCACACGCCUUGGUCUUUUUAGCGACCGAUGCUCGAAAGUUCAGCCAAGUGCGUGGCGAGGAGACCUCAGAUGGCACCCGACAAGAUGUCCUCGUGAAGCGGUCAGAUGAAAUGGGGAUCGUAAUAGGGAUCGUGGUUGGGUCGGUCAACGAUGAGGCGCUGAAACCCGUUUUCACGAAGAGUUUACAGGUCUUUCAUGACUGUCGGGUGAAGGUUGCCGUCUUGCUGGGUCUGAAACCGGGCGAGGAGGGUGGAGAUCUUGAAGUUUUAUUCACCGAAAUAUUACCGUCCGAAAUCCAAUCCGUCGUAGAGAGGAGUGAACACAUCCAUCAUGAGGCACACGUAAACCAUGGUGCCAUGACAAGAAAAGAGAAAAUUGUAAUCGGUCAUGUUGUCACAUCAUCCACCCUGUCUUCGACAACCACAGUCGAUUGAAGCCAGCUAAACCUUGAAAUAUGUGGGCACAAAAAGGGUGCACGGACACAAUACACGCAAGGAUGCAGGGAUUUAAUGAGGCAAAACUUUCUGCUGCGUAAAAGCUAAGAAAAUUAAGGAAUAAAUUCCAUCGUAAUUUAUUUAAUCACCAUCGAUCAUUUUGGGACAGUCUCAUCUCAGUUUCCCAAUCCCGUCCGACGGCACUUUUGAAUUUUAAACAAUUGUCAACCUGCUUUAAUCAGAGAGCCUAUAUCAUCAAUAAUACUUCUUCGAAAAGAGUAAGCUUUUUAUCUAAAUUAUUUUGUAAUUGUAUUGCAUCAACAUGAACCGAGCAUUUAAAUAUUUUAUCGAAUGAGGCUAUGCUUCUGCUAACUCAUAAAUGUUAAAAUUCUGUAGUUCAGGACUGAAGAACCGAAACAACAUUUUCUCCGAUUCGAGAAAUCAGGGGAAAACCGUGUGACAACUAUAUUCCAUUGUCUGCAACGUAUUUUGCAAAUUUAAAAACCCUGAAUCUCGGGCUUGACGUUGCAUGUCAUAGCCAAGGCGUUUACGCGUAAUUACGAUAUAAAUAUACCGAGAAUGCAAAUAACUCGAUUUUUCUAGAAUUGCUGAUAACGUUUCUUCAGCUCUUGAAUAUAAAAUUAUGAAUCUUCAAUGAUGACUACUUCAGAACGGAUAAGAAAAUUCAUGACCAAGACUAGUGUCAAACUAUCGUGCAUGUUGUUGGUAACACUUUAGUUUGAAAAUGAGACACUUGAGAAAAUCAGAUAUAAAAAGUCCCUUCAAACUUGUGAGUAUACAUGGUACAGUAAAGUCUGUAAAAUUGUAUCACUCAGGAAUGAAGGCGCUCACGAGGACACACGCUUUUGGCGUCAGCGACUGUUUGAUACGGACAAUGAGUUAGGCUCUCAAUGUGAUGAAACUUUUGUAUAAUGAAAGAGUGGGUUUUAAGACAGCAAAAACUUUAUUUACAUAUAUCUGUCUGUUAUUUAAAAACCUAGAAUGACAACAGCGAACAAUUUGACUAUUAAUAACUUAAGAUCUCAGAAAAGUUUUCAAAAGGAAUGUUUCGCAAUGAAUUCUAAGAAAAAUAAGACUCGAUAUAUUUGUGACCACGAUUUUUGAUUGCAAAUUUGGUAAUGUAGACAUGAGGAGUAAGAGGUCUCAAGAAAAUGGAGGGGGGGGGGGUUGGAUAUUAUACAUUUUGUGUAUGAAGUCAGUAUUUUAUGGAUAUUUAAAAAUUCAUGGGAUCAUAAAAUGUGAAACAAGUUAAAUGAACUUAUUAAAACCCGCAUUAAAGUAAAAUAGUAGUAUAAAAUGUUAUUGCAUUUUAUUUUGAAUUUGAUAAAGGGACUAGAUUUCUAUUUUGAGGGACUUAGGUACAGAGUGUUUUGAAAGAAGAGACAAAGAGGAGAAUAAUUCUAUCGUCUCUAUCAUCAUGAUCAUACAGAACUUUGACGUCAAAUCGACCUCCAAACCAAUUAAAUAAAUAAAAAACUAUUACGGAUUUUCAAGAAGAA